GUUUCUUCAGUCGCUCUCUGACAGUCGGCACUGACAGUCGCUACGAUAAGAGCUGCAGAGAAAAGUCCUCCAUCUUCAUCAGCUGCUCCUUCAUCAUGCCUCCGUCUCUCCUCUUCCUCCUCCUCUUCCUCCUGAGCUCCUCCGUCUCUCUGCCUCCUCCACGAAACUCCUUCCUCCUCAACUCUGCAGAGCGCCCCCUGGUCUUCUUCCGCCCCCCCGACCUCCUGAACAGCACGACCUUGUUGCUAAGCGACGACGGCUCCACGCUAUUCGUCGGGGCUCGAGACGCCGUGUUCUCAUUGGAUGUCAGCCAGAGUGAUGUCAUCAGCCUGAAGAGAAAGGUGGAGUGGCGUCCGUCUCAGAGUGAAAUCACAGAGUGUCAGAAUAAAGGGAAGGACGCUGAGGUGGACUGUCCUAACUUCGUGAGCGUCCUCUCUCAGGUGAACUCGUCUCACCUGUACGUCUGCGGCAGCUUCGCCUUCAGCCCCCACGACGCCUUCAUCGACGCAGAAAGCUUCUCUCUGGUUGGACUCGUCGAUGCUAAAGCUAAGCUACGCUGUCCGUUCAGCCCGCUGCAGAGAAACAGCGCCCUCACCGUGGACGGAGAGCUUUUCACCGCCUCCACCACCGACUUCAGAGGAAAAAGUCCUCAGAUCUCCAGACACUUCAGCCGGGGGGGGCAGGACGUCAGCCAGGACACCUCCAUCGCCCUACUGCAGGAGCCGGCGUUCGUGGGCUCGGCGGCGGUGGACAGGAAGCUGUUAUUCUUCUUCACUGAAGGCGGGAAAGAGUUCAGCUUCGUGGACGAGCUGCGGAUCGCUCGCGUCGCUCAAGUCUGCAAGGACGAUGUGGGGGGGCAGCGGACUCUCCAGAAUAAGUGGACGUCCUUCGCUAAAGCGCCGCUGCUCUGCCAGGUUCCCAGACAGCUUCCCUUCAACGUCCUGCAGCACGUCUUCACCCUCCCACCACCGGAGGGCGACAGCUCCUCAGAGACGCUGUUCUACGGCGUCUUCACCUCGCAGUGGUCUUCGGGGGCAGAGUCAGCGGUUUGCGUCUUUAAGCUGCAGGACGUCCAGGCGGUGUUUAAUGGAAGCUACCGGACCUUCGACACACAAACACACCUGUGGAACUCCCUGCUGGGAAAACACUCACAUCUGGGACAGUGUGGGCUGGACAGCGCUACAGAUUCUGAAUUAUCUCAAGUGAAGAAGAGUUUCCUGACGAGCGGCAGCGUGAAGUCGGACGACGCUCCGCUCGUUUCUUCAGAUCAGCGGUACAGUCGCGUGGCAGUGAUGAGGACGAAGGCCCUCAACGGCAAACAAUACACCGUCCUGUUCCUGCUGACAGAGUCCGGGUUCCUCCACAAAGUGCUUUUGCUGGCUGGAGGAUCUCGGGUGAUUGAGGAGAUUCAGGUCUUCACUCAGCCUCAGAUCGUCAAAAGCAUCGUCCUCUCCUCCUCAAAGGGGAUGCUGUAUGUGGGGACGUCUGAGGGGGUGACGGGGGUCCCGGUGUCUCGCUGCUCUGUCCACAGCAGCUGCAGUCAAUGUGUUCUGGCCCGAGACCCUCAGUGUGGCUGGAGCCGGACCGGAAGCGUCUGCACAGCGCCGGACGCCAACCAUCCACACAUGGCUCAGGACCUGGAGGACGGAAACGUGAAAGUACAAUGUCAAGGAGAAACUAAGGCCAUCCGGGACACAGAGGUCUUUGCUGCUGUGAACGAGGUGGUGAUUCUUCCCUGUGUGAAGCCGUCUCAGCCGUCCUCUCUGACCUGGACGUCCUCUUGCUUCACAAACCUCCCGCAGAGUCACUUCCUGCGAUCAGCUGACGGCGCGUUGAGCUUCAUCGCCACCGCCCACACCUUCGGGAAGUAUCGCUGCGAGGCGAGGGAGGCCGGGGUCAGCGAGGUCGUCGCCAGCUUUAACGUCGGGCGGGUUUUGUCUCCGCGAGCUUUCAGCCCCGUCCAGAAGAACGAGGAAGACCAGGUGACGAAGAACGAGGAAGACCAGGUGACGAAGAACGAGGAAGACCAGGUGACGAAGAACGAGGAAGACGAGCCGUUGGAGGACAUCUUCCCCGAGGACCCGUUCACACUGAAUCCUGAAGAGCCUCACACCCCCUGGAAGGCCGAACACGUCAGCGAUUCUAAAGACGAGACCCUGGAGGUGUUCUUCUCUCCGGCCUUGAGGGAGGACCUUCAGUCCAGGAGUGAUGACGAGGAGGCGGCCCCCCGCCCCGCCCUGCUGGUGGUCUCCCUGCUGCUGGCGCUCUGCGUGGGUCUGAUGAUCCUCGGAGGCCUCCUGCUGUGGCGCCGAGACGCUCGGAUCAAAAUCAGCCGGCUGCUGAGCCCCGAGGAGGGCGGGGCCAGCAAUGCAGCCAUGGAGAGAGUCGCCUCGCUGGGCCGGACGGGGGACGAGCCGAGCGGGGGGCAGUAACAGCUCUGUGCUCAUUAAAGGUCUCCUACCAUGCUAAAUGCAGUUUCUGAUGUAUUUUCUAUAUAAAUAUGUGUCCCCGGUGUGUCCCCGGUGUGUCCCCGGUGUGUCCCCGGUGUGUCAGCAGACUCACAAAGGGUCAGGAAAUAUACCCCUCUCUCUUUUCCUCCAUACCCACAUCUCUAAAAACGGGGGAACAACGGAGCUGAUCCAGAUUACUAAAAUGUGGGCGGGCUUUACACCCACGGGCCAAUCAGAAACGUUGCCAUCAGAAACAAUGAGACGUGUUCUGGAAGUAAUAUGGUCUGUGUUUACAUUAGCAUGCUAACACUCAGAGCUAACCUGUACUGGAGAGAGCAUGUGUGAAGAAGCAGAGGGGGAUGAGGAAUUUCUAAAAUGCAAGAUCUAUUUUUUUACAUAUCUGAGACGCACAAUAUAAGCCUAAAAAUAGCACGAUCGGAGACCUUUAAGAGAAGGGCUAAUGUGCAGCGAGGCGGUCAUUAUGGGGAAAAGAACACCUUUUGAAAAGGGCCCUCAAGUUUAUUUGUUGUUUUGUUUGUCUGACUGUUUGUUGUUCUACUCCUGUUGUUCUGAAGCGACCUUGGGUCCCCUGAAAGGCGCUAUAUAAACUAAAGUUAUAUUAUUAUUAUUCAGGCUGAUCAAGAUCCCGCUUAUUACACGCCCAGAUACUAAACAAACUAACGACUCCACUCCCAAUAUUAAUUGAAGUUAUUUUAUUAACUCAAAAAUGAUCGUAUUUAUUUCGCUAAUAA